AUGGCGACGGAGACGGUAAUCAGGACAAAGGUAAAACCCGGCAAGAAUGAGAAACUGCCUCCCGAAAAUGUUCGUUUUAUGGAGGCUUGUGUUGAAAUCUCGAAUGAAUUAAUCAAAGAGUACGAAGCAUCGUUGGAUGGAUCGAAACAAAAGAAAGAUGUCAAUCUGAAUCGGCUGAGGGGUGAUAUUGCAAAAAAGUUCCGCCUGAGCACUCAGCCUCCUCUCACAGCCAUCCUAUCAGCAGUUCCAGAGGAAUAUAAGAAACAUCUUCUACCCAAAUUAAUCGCGAAACCCGUACGCACAAGCUCAGGUAUUGCAGUUGUCGCUGUGAUGAGCAAACCGCACCGUUGUCCGCAUAUUGCUUUCACCGGUCACAAUUGCGUCUACUGCCCUGGUGGUGUGGACUCAGACUUCGAGUACUCCACACAGUCAUAUACAGGUUACGAGCCGACGUCGAUGAGGGCCAUCCGAGCUCGAUAUGAUCCAUUCGAACAAGCACGCGGAAGGGUUGAUCAGAUCAGGUCCCUUGGGCACAGCGUCGAUAAAGUUGAGUUUAUCAUCAUGGGCGGUACAUUUAUGUCGCUCCCUCAGGAUUACCGCGACCACUUCAUUGCUCAAUUACACAAUGCUUUGUCCGGCUAUCAGACUGAUAAUGUCGACGAGGCGGUAGCCGCCGGAGAAAUGUCUAGUAUCAAAUGCGUUGGAAUCACGAUCGAGACCAGGCCUGAUUUUGGACAAAUCGACCAUCUUUCAGACAUGCUGAGGUACGGAUGUACGCGGCUGGAACUUGGUGUUCAGUCUUUGUACGAAGACGUCGCUCGAGAUACAAACAGAGGCCAUACAGUGGCUGCAGUUGUGGAGGCCUUCAAAUUCUGCAAGGAUGCUGGGUUCAAGGUCGUCUCACACAUGAUGCCCGACUUGCCUAAUGUUGGAAUGGAACGAGAUAUCUUUCAGUUUCAAGAAUAUUUCGAGAACCCAGAUUUCCGAACGGACGGUUUGAAGAUUUACCCAACGCUUGUGAUUCGAGGGACCGGCCUAUACGAAUUAUGGCGAACAGGCCGAUUUAAGAACUAUACUCCAAAUGCUCUCGUGGAUCUGGUGGCGAGAAUCUUGGCUCUGAUACCGCCUUGGACCAGAAUCUACCGUGUGCAACGGGAUAUCCCGAUGCCUCUGGUCACCUCUGGAGUCGAAAACGGGAAUCUACGUGAAUUAGCUUUGUCACGAAUGAAGGACUUCGGUACCACCUGUCGAGAUGUCCGCACACGGGAAGUUGGAAUAAACGAAGUGAAGAACAAGAUUCGACCAUCACAAGUCGAACUUGUCCGACGGGACUAUACGGCCAACGGUGGCUGGGAGACGUUCCUUGCCUAUGAAGACCCCAAACAAGACAUCCUCAUUGGUCUCCUUCGAUUGAGAAAAUGUUCCACCACGCAUACAUUCCGGCCGGAACUCACAGGCCAACCUACUAGCAUCGUUCGCGAACUACAUGUCUACGGACUUGCCGUGCCUAUUCAUGGCCGCGAGAAAAGCAAGUUCCAACACCAAGGCUAUGGAACGCUCUUGAUGAGAGAGGCGGAAAGAAUUGCACGAGACGAACACGGCAGUAAGAAGUUGAGUGUUAUCAGUGGUGUCGGUGUGCGGAGCUACUAUGAACGCCUCGGAUAUACGCUUGAUGGGCCCUACAUGAGCAAGAUGCUGACUCUUGACGACGAAGAAGCAGGGGAUUGA